AAGUGUGUUGUUGUUUAUAUGUUUUUAUGUAGACCUGAAGAGACCCUUCUAACCAUUGUUCUCUCUUUUAAUUUCUCUCAGCUCCAGGAGACAGUGAAGAGGAAAUUGGACAGUGCCCGGUCUCCUUUAAACGGUGACCAAAAUGGUCUCAGUGAUGGGAGUUACUCUCCCACUACAAAGAGACUCCGUAAGGAAGGAUGCACUGGAAUGGACUCUAUUGGUAGCCUCCCACCCAUUUCCCCACUUCAUCCAAUGGACAUCAAACCCACCUUGCCCUUGGGCAACAACAGUGCCUCCUCAAACAACGGAACUGGCAACGGCAAUGGUAAUGCGGGUACAAACCAUAUUACUGGACGACCUGAGGAUUUAGGCAAAAAUGGUGGAAUGCCUGAUAUUAAACUGAAUGGUUCAUUGGAGUUGGAAGAUGGCUUUAGCCUAUUAAAGGACAUGAAACAAGAGCCUUUGGACGACGCCGGUGGAAUCGAGUCCUCGGAAACGUCACUUUCAAAUCAGAACAAGCUAUUCUCUGACAUCAAUCUGAACGACCAGGAAUGGCAGGAACUUAUUGAUGAGUUGGCGAACACGGUGCCUGAGGAUGACAUGCACGACCUCUUCAACGAGGACUUUGAGGAGAAAAAGGAGGUGAGUGACUUCACACGGGUCACAACGGAACAAACGCAGCUUGCACAAGACCCAGCACCUAACUCUGUAGCUACGGCACCCAACAGUACACCCCAACCGCAGAGUGGACAGAUGCCCAUGGGGUCACCUCAGGUGAGACCAUCUUCCUCUGGUCCCCCAUUUGCAACUGCUGCCAAUGGGACACCGCCCCAGCAACCCUUGCAGCAGUCACCAGCAGUUGGAAUGCCAUCAGGAUCGCCCGCUAACUGCGUGGCUCGUUCUCCGCAAACGCCCACCCAAGCGCAGACUCAGGCUUCAAGGCCCGGGAAUGGAUAUAUGAUGAACGCAGGUCCUGCCGUUGGCCCCGUGGCAUCAACUCCAGUAACAGGAGGUGGUCCUGGAUCAGGGGGAACAGGUGGAGGUGUACCAGCCCCGCCUACCUCUGAACUUUCACCGGCUGAGCAGCUGAAGCAAAUGGCUGCCCAGCAGCAGCAACGUGCCAAACUUAUCCAACAAAAACACCAACAGCAGUCCCAGGCAGCAAACUGGUCGCCUGCAGGAGCACCAACAAGCCCAUACAGUGGACCCUUUAACCCAGACAAACCAAAUAGCCCCAUGAUGUAUACGCAGGCUUUUAAUGCUAGCAACACAAUGGGGCCAAAAACACCAAGCAUUAACAACUACCUCCCACAGAACCACAUGAACAUGCUCAACCAGCAACAGCAGCAGCAGCAACCUAAUAACUUGGCUGCCCAAAACAACCUCAGUAAGCAGCUCUCUUAUAGCAACACCAAGCCGCUGACUCAUUUCAGUGGAGUAGACCACAUGAGUCAGCGGAUAACACCUCCCAUGGCCAAUCAAGCCAAAAACCCGAUGAUGCCCUACUUGCAGGGCACCACAGGACAAGGGGGUGGGCCACCACAAGCUCCAGGUCCAAUGCCCAACCAGUCAGCCCAUUUAAGUGAAGAACAGAAGAGGAUGAUGAUGAUGAAUAAAAAAAUGCUGAGUCAAGGCAUGCCAUAUGGCUCAAUACAGCAGCAUGUACAGGAAGGUGUGGUUGGACUGCCGCGACAGGCUGGGGGAGUCCAGCCACCUCAUGGAGGACCGGGGGGUGUGACCUCAGCAGGGCCUAACGGGGCAGGGCCCGGCGGUUAUAUGCCCAAUCCACAGCAGCAACAACAGGCAGCCAUGAUGAAGCAGAUGAUGGCUAUGGAGCAGGAAAAGAGAGUCCAGCUCCAUCUGAUGGAGCAGCAGAAAGCACAGCUUAUGAGAGAACAGAGACAACAGCAGCAGCAGCACAUGCUGGCAGAACAGUUACAACAGCAGCAGCAUCUCCCCAGACAGAUGAGUCAGGCACAGAGGAAUCCAUACCCGCUCCAGCAGUUUCAAGGCACGCCCCAGGAGAUGGCAGCAAGGAACCAGACACUGCAGAACAUGCGCAACGCUCGACUUCUCCAGCAACAGCAACAACAGAACCCUGGGAUACUGCAGAUGACACCUGUCCAAAAUUCGGGCGCCAUGCCUUCACAGGGUGACAUGAACAUGGCGUAUGGAGGCCAGGCAGGUACACAGACCGGGAUGUACCAAGGUAUAAACCCAAACAUGGGCCAAAUGCUCCAGCAGCAACAGCAGCACCAUCCCAACCAGCCCGGCAUGGUGAUGGCACAGAGACAAGGGGGCGCCGGCGGGCAAGGGAUGGUCGGCGGAGGUGCUGGAGGCGGGUAUGGACAGGGAAUGCUAAUGAAUCCGUCCCUCCCGCAGCAGCAAAUAAAAUCAGCCAGUGUUGCCCCUGGUGGGCAGCCGAUGGCCAAUGUUCAGAGACUGCAAAGCAUGAUGGGAGGCGGAGGCCAGCCUUGGCCGCAGCAGCAAAACAUGCAGGCCAUGGGUGGAAGGACUUCAAACGACAUGGUGGCGUUUAACAGUAACCCUGCAUAUGCCAUGCAAGGUGGCCAGGCUCCUAGAAUGGCCAAGCAACAUUUCGCACAAACGAUGGGUGGACAGACUAUGGUGGACCCGCGUUCGAUAAACCCAGCGGCAAUGGGUGGGCCGAUGAUGCCGCACAUGGCAGGGCAACCAAGGACCAACCAGCCACGGGGUAUGGUGAUGCCAGGCAUGAACCAGGGUGUGCCCAACAUGGCUGCUUUCGGACAGGGCCCUGCUCAGGGCAUGCCAGGAACAUCGGGAGGGGGUGGGCCGUACAUGCCAGGGGGUCAGCCUCAGGGCUACCAGAGGACGUCCAGUCAGGACCUGGCAUACGGUUACGGCAGCCAAUCAGGGGCUGGGGCCGGGGUUUCGUUCGGCUUGUCAGAUGGGACAGAUUUGGAUUCAGCGGAAGGUUGGAUAGAAGAGUUUUUCCCCAGCCAAUAGCCUAAGGGAUUUUUUAACAGGACAGUUUUAUGGAAAAUGUGAUACGUUUUAUUCUUCUUUUUUUUUUUUUUUAUUACAUGGUCGACAAAUCUAAGAAAUAUAUUACAUGUUGUGUAUUACAUGUGUGUGCUGUCACAAUAUUUAAACCAAUUCCUCUCUGUUUGGGUUGCUUCUGGAGUAAGGAUCCGGUGUUCUGUGUGUUUUUUUUUUUUUUUUUUUUUAUGAAGAAAAAAAUCAUUCUGGAUUUGAUCCAUUUCUGUCUCUUUUUUCUCUUAUAUCCUUUCUGCUGGAUUAAGGGCAAGAGGCACUGAAAAGCUGAAAAAAUGACAUUGGGAAAGAUUUUAUGGGUGUUUUUAUGUAUUGUUUUUAGUUCACCCUUAUUCUGACAUCCUGUUCAUGUAUGAAAGAGUGUAUGAAAAUUUGAGGUGGGCCUUUGUCCACAUUGGAUCCCUUUUCCUAAACCAAACAGUUCACCACACCUCUUUCUUCUCUUGCAUAUCUUCUCUCUCUCCCUUUUUUGCUGCUCUUGACAUGUUCAUCCUCUGCAUUUUCUCUGCUUUGUGCUUGUGUGUGUGUGUGUGUGUGUGUGUGUGUGUGUGUGUGUGUGUGUGUGUGUGUGUGUGUGUGUGUGUGUGUGUGUGUGUGUCUUUGCACUAUGAGCAUCACAACAAAACACAUCAGACUCUGUGUGCUCUCAGUGCAUGCAAGAUGGAUGCUUUGCUGUCGCUAGGCGACCGGUGUCAGUAGAAGAGUGAAGCCAUGUGUGUGUUUGUCAACUAGGUGUUUGUUAAUAUUGCUUGAAGAGAUUUGGCAGCUACAAACUUCUCCCUCCCCUCCCUUAAACUGUGAGAAAGAUGUUUUCUUUAGUCGCAGUGGCAGCUAGAAAGGAAACUAUGACAUGAACUCAUCAAGUAUCAAAGUAACAUUUAUGAUGCGAUUUUAACUGCGCACAGUCAUUUAAUCUGAAGCAAAUUCAGCAUUUUAAUUCAUACAUCUAGAAUUUUAAAUAAAUAUUUAAAUGCUUCCCAACAUUCUGUUUUUUCUUUACCUGAACAUUAUUGCUUGUGAUCACUGGUUGCAGAUAUUUUAAUAAAAAUAUAAAUAAAUACACCGUACAUACUGUAUUUCCGCUCAUGGGUCAUACCACUUUUCAUCUUUUAUUUUACUCUUCAAAUUACUAUUUUUUUUUAUUAGUUUCUGUAAUGUUUAAUUUCAAUCAUUGCACCACUUCCAGCUCUUGAACACACUGACAGAGGAAAGACAAGCACAUCAAGACUUCAUCAAGCCAACUGAAUUGCAGACAACUUUCAACUCUUUCAAAUGUGACAAAAUUGAAACAAAAACAAAAAUCGAAUUAAUUUGGUAAUAAAGGCCUUUUCUCUUUAUUGGGAAUAUAAAUUUAUUUAUGACCCAUUUCUACCUACUUGAGUUCAUUGUUGUGCGUUUGUCAACUAAUUUUAAAUGAAGUUUCAGAAUGGUAUCUUACUAGCCAGAAUUUAGUUUUCUGUUGUUUACCAUGAGAUGCCACACAAAUAAGAACAUCUAUCUUUUCUGCGCUGUUGUGUGUUGCUACGGUAUUAUGGUAUUGUAGUCAUGGUGUCUUUGUAAUCAAACUCUAGUUUCAUUGUUUCCGCUCUCUGAAUAAUGAACAUGAAUGUAACAUUGUGACUGACUUGCAUUUUUUUUUUUUUUUUUUUUUUUUUUUUUGAGAAAUUUUUGUCUUAAUGGGAGAUUGAACACAUUCACAUCUUCAGUGUUUCGCAAUGUUAUAUUGUUGCUCUGUCAAGAGGAUUGCAGAUGGAGAGGGUAAAGCCCACGUCCUCCUGCCGUCUCACCAAAUAUCAACAAUCUGGGACCAAGAUUAACAUGUUUUUGAUUUCUGUUGAAGUCAUCGAGCUUAUCUUUUUCUUCUUUUUAUUUCGUACUGGUGCUGACAUAUAUGUGAUGGGGAAAGAUAUAUAUCAGAUACAGUUAUUUGUAAAUAUGUUUUUACAAUUUUAAAUACAUCAGAGGAUACGUCUCUACACACUGUAAAGAUAUUGCUGUUUAAGAUAGAGAAGUAUUUUUAUUUCAUCUUUUUUCCACUUUUUUUUUUAACUCAUCUGAGCUAUACCAUUGCACUUCAGACAAUGUCUUACUACUAAUUUGUAAUGUAAACCUCUAAUUUUUAUUUUGAAGGUUUUUACUAGUUUUAAAAUUUUACUCAAUCUAAAGCAGUGCUUUUUUUCUUUUUCAUGUACAGAGUUAUGUAAAUGGUAAUGGCAGAGAGUUACAAAGAUUUGUUUUUCAGAAAAAAAUACAUUAAAGAGAUCGAUCAUUAAAAAUGUUCUCAUUAAAA